AUAUGGAAAAGAUGCCUACUAUGCACAAAAUACACUUUUGAUAUUUUUUCCCUCUGUUUACAGUUAGGAGCUGCAAUGGCGGACAUAAACCAUAUACUGAAAUUGUCAGAAACUUUGACAGAUGCAAAAAAAAUCUCUGGUUCUGAAGGGAAGAGCAUACCUGUCAGCAAAUCUGUUGACUCAGUGAUACAGGCAGAUGAGAGUUACAGAAUGGAUCAUGCAGAAAUGGGGCUGUGUGUAUUGGUCAACAAUAAAAAUUUCCAUCCUGCUACAGGGAUGGCAUAUCGAUCUGGUACAGAUUCAGAUGCUGCAAGUGUUAUAGAAACUUUCAGGACCUUGGGUUAUACUGUCAAGCCAUAUAAUGAUCUUACAUGUAAACAGAUGGUUGAUGUUCUGCAGAAUGUUUCCAAGGAUGAUCACAGCAAGGAGAAUUGCCUUGUGUGUGUCUUGUUAAGCCACGGAGAGGAUGGCCUGAUCUACGGUACAGAUGGCCCCUUGGAGCUAAAAAUGCUUACAGGCCUGUUCAGAGGAGACAGGUGCAAAACCUUAGCAGGAAAGCCAAAACUCUUCUUUAUUCAGGCUUGUAGGGGAACAGAGCUUGAUUCUGGCGUUGAAAAAGACGGACCAGAAGAAAACAUCUGCCAGAAAAUACCAGUGGAAGCGGAUUUCUUAUAUGCAUAUUCCACUGCUCCUGGCUACUAUUCUUGGAGAAACUCAUCAGAUGGCUCCUGGUUUAUACAGUCUCUGUGUGUGAUGUUGAAACAGUAUGCUAAAAAACUUGAAAUUAUGCAGAUUCUAACACGUGUAAAUCGCAAGGUUGCAGAAUUCAGUUCUUGUUCAAUCCGGGCAGACUUCCAUGGAAAAAAGCAGAUCCCCUGUAUUGUGUCCAUGCUCACAAAAGAUUUUUACUUUCCUCAUUAAAGAAGCUUUCCUUGUGAAAGCUAGCAGAAAACAGAGCACCUGAUGCCAUUUUCAAAUCUGAGCUAGUACUCAGUCUCUUGUGCCUAUGCUGCAUUAAAGAAGCUUUAAGAUCUAGAUAGAUUUAAACAUUUUACCACUGGAACUCUGGGAUACUUUGCUAGAGUUCAGAAAUUCUAACAAGGGAAAUGGAUAUAUUUAGGUUUGAAGCAGUGCUCUGAUACAUUGAUGAUAGAAAUCUGGUAGAUGGUAGAAGCAGAUAAAAUUACAUAUCCUGUGAUAGUAAUCUUCAUUCUGGCAGCAAUAAGAGUAAGAAAAAUUGUGUCACUUCCAGGGCAGCCUGAUUAGUUUUGGUAAUAAUGUUGCAUCCCAGUUCUAAAUGUGUUUACCUGGAUGUAAACCUCUUUGAUAUAGUGGAUUUUCCCUCAAGUGAAUAUAGUAACUUAAUCGUGUAAAAUACUGGCUUCAUAUGCAAUCAUGUAGCAAAAGUUUGGCUUUCAAGUAGCAAAAGCCACUUUGGCCACCUUAGAGUACUAUUUAUAUGCCAGGAAUUUUGAAGUUAAAUUAAGGGUAUUGAUAUUGUACAUUUAAAAAUAACUGAUUUCCCCCCACUUUUUAAAAUUUGCAUUUACUAGGUAAGGAAUGCUAGUUGAAACUCUGAAUUCUUGCAGGAUUGAAAACCUGUAAAGUUUUUUUUAUUGCAAAUUGCAAAUUCAUUUUUUUUAUAAAUCCUGUUCUAGACUUAGAUUUUGUGCAUGUAGUGUUUUUGCGCAUAGAACAAAUUUAAAAUACUUCUGUUAAAAUUUUGUAGUUCUGUAUUGGUAACAAAUGUAAACAAAAGCAGUACGUGAAAACCCAUUUUGACUUUGAAUUGUAGCAUGUUUAAGAAUAAUAGAGUGGACAUCAUUGUGUAUAGUAGAAUUUCACUUCAGGAUUGAAUUAUGUUUUUUCUUCAGGCACUUAAUGAAAACUUGUAUGUGCUACUUAUGAGUGCUAGUGAGGUUAUCUCCCAUCUGAUCACCUGAGUUUGAUUAUUUGCAGUGUUUAGAGAAAAGAAUGAAAAUUCUCCACAGCACAAUCAAGCUAGCUGUUUGUUUCUCUGUACCCUGAUUCAUAGGGAGAAAAAGGAAUGGAUCCUAUGAAUCUGUUCCACUAACAGUGAAACCUUCCUCCCAUAAAAGGAGAUUGUUAAGAUACAAUGGAUUCCUAAUAUCUAACUUGGUGUACAAAAUAACUCACAAGGCUUACAAAAGCCAGUGGAGCUGGUUCUAUUGGUGUGUGAUUAGUGUAGAUGUCUAACAGGGUGCAAUCUCAGUCUAGCUGCCUACACAAAUAUACAUGGUGUAAGUCUCUGGGGAAAGGCUAUUCAGUUGGUUAAAUGGAUUUCUGGUGGAAGUCACCUUGUCACUCUUCCUAACUGCUGACUGGUAUUGUAAGAGUGCAAGUGAAAUAGUAAGCGUUCAAUUGGCAUUACUUAAUAAAAGUUUAUUCUUUUGAACUAUGGCUAUCUCAAUGCAUCAGUUAAUUAUACAGAGAACUAGAGAAGUUAAAAAAAAGUUGAACAUAAGGUGCUUGAAAUCAAUCUAUAGAAGACAUUUCCAAUAUGUAUAAUAAGCAAUGACUGUAACUUGACCUUAUUUCAAAUUCAAUUUCUUUGAAAACUUCUUUGUGAAUUUUUAACUUAUAUUUAAUAACUUAUGUUUGUGACUGUACUGUAACCUUCACAUGAGAAUCUAAUAAAUCAUGUGCAUUGUUUUUAA